AUGGCGGCCGCAGCGGCAUCGUACCAGCAGAGCCAGCUGCCCGGCGGCCACCUGGGCCCAGGUAUGGACAAUACGUUCCACGGAGGGCAACAACAGUCAGCUAUGAAUUUCGGAGGUACGAUGGAUAAGAAUAUUGUGAACGCGCUAUUGUGCACAGAGAAGCUGACCUAUUGUACCGCUGUUCAGACAAUAGCUUAUUCGCGUUCGACAAUUCGGAUCUCUCCUCAUUGUCCGUGGACUCCAAUCAGCAACCUAUAUUAAAUCAAAACGACAACCACUACCUUUCUACAUUCUUCGACAAUCCAAGCAUCAUCACCAACGAAUUCAAUCCCUUCGACUUCAGCCCAAGCGCAGAGCAGCGACCUACUGCCAACGGCAAUCCAAGCUUGUUUGCUGGAGCUUUCUUCGACUACAACAGCGGCACGAUCAACCCGAAUACGCCAGGCGCAUAUCAACGGAAUAGUAGUCAGCCGAAUGCAGCCGCUCUGAGCGCCGACGAUUACACGGCCGCAUCGACUAUUCACAGCUUGAAGGCGACCAGCUCAUCAAGCUUCCAAGCAAAUCCGAACGGCCUUGGCGGUGCUUCGUGGGGUGCCUUCAUGAUGCCGCAGCAAAUGCCGCUGAAUAUCAGCAUGGGCAACGCUCCGCUCGUCGGCGCAAAUGGUCAAGCCCCUCCUCAGUUCUUUGCUCACCCUCAGAACAUGUCGAUUGCGCCCGGCACCUUUCCGUUUCAGCAGCAGCAACAGCGAUCACAUGCGCAGAACGGAAACUCCCGCAAUCAGCAGGUGCGCCCUCAGUUCAACUCACACCACAGCUUCACUGCUUCGUCCAGCUACCAAGGCCAGAAUCGUCCUCAACAACCUCAAAACCCUCAGUUCCAAGGACAGCAACAACAAGCGACUCCUCCGUCUCAAGGCGGCCGUCCACCACUCUAUCAAUUCGGCAGCGACCAAGGCUUCGACGGCAAUCGUUAUUCCAAUUCAUCAGCUGCGCCGCAGCCAGACGGCAAAGCCAACAAUCUACUUGGUGUGCCUGGUGCUGUUCAGGCUGCGCGCACUCCAUAUCAGAACGGUCAACUCCUUCCGCCACAGCAACAAGCUGCUCAGUGGGCUGAGAUGGCUAGGCGAAACGGCGCUCAGUUCCCAGAUGCUCACGACCACAAACGUCGCAAAAGUGGUGAAGGUCAAUCUUCUACCCCGCGGGCGAUGCACGGCGACAUAGGAUACGACACCUUCGCAGAUGGCUCCGCCAAGCGUCGGAGAUCCAGCCUCACUCGCCAUCCCUCGGAGCUGCCUGGCUCACCCCUGCUUCAAGAACAAGACCGCAGCUUGCUUAGGAACAAGCGUGAGACCCUCUCUGACGCACAAAAGCGCGACAACCACAUCCAGUCUGAGAAGAAGCGACGCAACAUCAUCAACCAAGGGUACGAAGACCUGAACCGGCUCGUCCCCUGUCUUGCCAGCGGCAAGUCUGGUUUGUCGCGCUCGGAAUGCCUGCAAGAGAUUGCAUGCUAUCUUGAGUCCUUGAUACGCGGUGCCGACUCGGCCAUGAAUUGGCUGAAGGUGUCGCGGCAGGAACUGGGCAGCUACAACCCGCGCCCUGCUCCACCGCCUCCGCCUCCAUUUGGACAUCCACCGCAGCCUCAGAUCCAGCGCCCUCUUCUUCCGCCAUCAGCCCAGACACCGCGCCCAGCUCCUCAACAAGCCCAAUAUCCGGCGCCUCAAGCUCAGCAACCGCCAGAGCAGCAAGUUCCGCGCCCACCGCCACAGUCACAGCAGCAAGCUCCCCAGCAAGUUCACGAACCCGCUUCUCAGCCACAGCAACCGGGCACAGAGCAAGUCCAGAACACGUCGCAGCAGACCCAGGGAGCGCAAGCGCCACCCCAGACUCCAGGGCCUGUCUUCAAAAGCGAGGGCAACGGUCUCCCGCCCAGCGAAUGA